AUGUCUGACGCGCGGCAGCGCGUCUUUGCGGCUCGUGGCACCUCUGUGCGCUUCGUCGGCUGCCGUGGCAUCUAUUUCUGCCCGCGAUCCCGUCGACUGAAGUCGGCGCCGCGUCCUGCCGAGGGCGAGCGCCGCGGCGACGAGCGGAGUGCCGCCCUCCGAGCAUCGGAGCUGCCUGGCUUCUCGGCCCCCGUCGGCCUGCCGCCCGA